UUUUAGGAGGAGGAAGGAAAGGAACUUUUCUCUAUGAAAGGAACGAACUUGUAAAAUUUUUGGAGUUCAAGUGGAAAUAGUGAUUAAUAAAUUGAUUUAAUUGAAUUUAUUACGAGCACCAUGGACGAGAUCGAAGAAGAGGCCAAGGCAGCUGCAGAAAAAAUGGUUAUGAAUAUGAUGCAAAGGCCUGGACAACUUGAAAAAGUUGAGCACUAUAAAAAGAGAAUUACCCAUAAAAAAGCUUCAAUUGAAGCUCAGUUGAAGUCAGCAGUCCAAGGAAAGCUGGAUGGCGUCAGUGUUGGUCUUAAACAGUUGCAGGAAUGUCUGGACGAUGUUCAGGAAAUUAGUGUAAAGAUGGAUGAAUUAGAGGAGCUGUUAAAAGGAGUUCCUCCUCUUGUUGCGUCCCUGCAAGCUGUGAGGGAGGAGGACUCCCGGCACUCGCAGUACGUCACUGCCAUGGACAGCUUGAAGCACAUCUUCACAGUCCCUGAAAGUGUUGCCAAAACAAAGCAAUGGAUUGGAGAAGGAAAACUGUUACAUGCCCACCAGUGCUUGAAUGAUUUGGAGAACUCUAGAGAUGAUUUGUUAUAUGAAUUACAUAGAUUGCCAAACCAGUCAUCACAUGACAAAAUUAUGUUGAAAGCAUACUUUGAAGAUGUAGAAAUGGUUUCAAAUCUACUUGAAAAACAAAUAAAGCUUAUUUUGGCAAGAACUUUGAAUACUGUUCGUAAAGAGCCCACUGUUAUUGUGACUGCAUUAAGAAUUAUUGAGAGGGAGGAGAAAAGAGAUCAAAUGGCUUUACAGCAACAGUCUCAAACUGGUUUUAUGCCGCCUGGUCGCCCUAAGAACUGGCGCACCAAGGCUUUUGAGGUGUUAGAAUGUGCCGUCGCCCAACGUAUAGAGGGAACCCGGGUGGACGAGCGAGAGGACAAUAAGCUGUGGCUGGUUCGCUACCUCGAGUUGACGAGACAACUCAUUUUAGAAGACUUGAGAGUCGUUAAAACGCUCUGUGUACCGUGCUUCCCGCCGCACUAUGACAUAGUCAAUAAAUAUGUAAACAUGUACCACACAUGUCUGUCGUCCAGUCUACAAGAUGUAGUUCAGACUGGUAUAGAGGGCAAUGAAUAUGUUACUUUGCUAUCUUGGAUUCUGAACACAUAUCCUGGGCACGAGUUGAUGGGAAGCUUGCAACUUAACAUUGAUGUUUCCAAACUGCCUCCUUUGCUCAGUGAAGAAAUUAUGCAAAAACUACAAGAUGAAUACUUGCAGAAAAUGGAAUCAAACUACAUGGAAUGGAUGGAGAAAACUCUCGAGUCGGAGCGAGCAGAAUGGAGCGGACAAAGGGCCCCCGAAGUGGAGCCGCACUCUAACGCCUACCACACGCAUGCACCCGUCAUUAUUUUCCAAAUGAUUGAUCAAAACUUGCAGGUGACAGAAACAAUAAGCAAAGAAAUAACAUUUAAAGCACUGCUGCUAAGUAUAGAUCAAGUUACUCGAUAUGGAAAUAUGUAUAGGGAAGGCGUUAUACAAUUUAAGAACAGCCAUUUCGCUGAUCGUUCCCGCGUGGCGUACUUCACGCAUCACAUGAUCACGAUCGUGAACAACAGCGAGCAGAUGGCGCGCCUGGCGCAGCAGACGCAGGCGCGCCACUGGCCGCCCGGCCGCCACGACCCGCCCGCCGAGGCCAAGUUCGACAAGAUGCUCGGCACCUUCCAGAAUUUACGGGACGAAGCCGCAAGAUUCCUUCUCGAAGAAGCAUUCUUAGACUUAGAAGUACACUUCGAUUCACUAUUCACGUCGAAGUGGCUACCUUCUAGCAUCCCAGUUGAUACCAUUUGCAUUACCCUCGAUGACUAUUUUCAAGAUUACAACCAUUUGAGAGAUAAAAACUUCGAAUAUGUUAUAAAUGAGGCGCAAAAUCUUGUUUACAAGAAAUAUAUUACAGCAAUGUUAUCAAAGAAAGUAGUUUUCAAGACUGUCGAAGAAGCUCAGCAAGCAGCCACAAAAAUUGUGAAAGAGGCGAACCAAAUUAGAUCGUUCUUCAAAAAGAUCGCGCCUGAAGUUGUGAACGUAGACUGGCCGUUCGAAGUCAUCAGCAUGUUAGCUGAGGUGCUCCGCUGCCAAGACAUCGAGAUGCUGUCCCUGGACCUGCACGGCGUGGUGGCCAAGUGCCCCGACAUGUCGGAGGAGCAGCUGGCGCGCCUGCUCAGCCUGCGCGGCGACGUGCCGCGCGCGCACGUGCGCGACACCGUGGCCAUCGCGCUCGCCACGCGCCCGCCCGCCCACACCAGGGCCCCGUCGCACCCGUCGCUGUUCAAGAACAUCACCUUCAGCGAUAAACUACUGUCACACUUUGCCUUGUGAAGCGCUCGCGGGACAAAAUGGAUAGAAGUCGCUACCGCGUUCGGUAUUUCACCUGUCGUGCUUCAAAAAUCCAUUCAAUGACAAGUUACUCUAGCAUUCCGGCUUGUAGAUCACACUCUGCUCCUGCGAGGUGACGUACUGCGCGCGCGGUGAGUACUGAGCCAAUACUAGAGUUCCUUCGCACCCGUCGCUGUUAAAAACAUCACUUUCAGCGAUAAGCUACUGUCACACUUUGCCUUGUGAAGCGCUCGCGGGACAAAAUGGAUAGAAGUCGCAAGCGCGUCGUAUUUCACAUGUCGUGCUUCAAAAAUCCAUUCAAAGACAAGUUACUCUAGCAUUCCGGCUUGUAGAUCACACUCUGCUCCUGCGAGGUGACGCGAUGACGUACUGCGCGCGCGGUGAGUACUGAGUCAAUACUAGAGUUCCUUCGCACCCGUCGCUGUUAAAAACAUCACUUUCAGCGACAAACUACUGUCACACUUUGCCUUGUGAAGCGCUCGCGGGACAAAAUGGAUAGAAGUCGCAAGCGCGUCGUAUUUCACAUGUCGUGCUUCAAAAAUCCAUUCAAAGACAAGUUACUCUAGCAUUCCGGCUUGUAGAUCACACUCUGCUCCUGCGAGGUGACGCGAUGACGUACUGCGCGCGCGGUGAGUACUGAGUCAAUACUAGAGUUCCUUCGCACCCGUCGCUGUUAAAAACAUCACUUUCAGCGACAAACUACUGUCACACUUUGCCUUGUGAAGCGCUCGCGGGACAAAAUGGAUAGAAGUCGCAAGCGCGUCGUAUUUCACAUGUCGUGCUUCAAAAAUCCAUUCAAUGACAAGUUACUCUAGCAUUCCGGCUUGUAGAUCACACUCUGCUCCUGCGAGGUGACGUACUGCGCGCGCGGUGAGUACUAAGCCAAUACUAGAGUUCCUUUGCACCCGUCGCUGUUAAAAACAUCACUUUCAGCGAUAAGCUACUCUCGCAUUUUGCGUUGUGAAGCAUCGAGAUGGGGUGUAGGAAGUUGGUCCCUUCCCUGGACUGAAAGCUGCGAACGCCCAUGGUAGGAAGCAUAAAGCGCGUCUGUUAUCUCAUCUGUCGUGCUUCAAAAAAAUCAUUCAACGACAAGCUACUCUGUUUUCCUUGUAACGCACUCCCGGAAUGGUGAUGGAUAGAAGCGGAUACCCCGCUCUCACCUGUUGCGUUUCUUAUUAACUAAAUAUUGCCGCAUCGCGCUUUGCAGGCGUCUGCAAUAAAUGAUUGAGAAUUAGGUGCUUAAUAGAUGGCGCUGUGUCGUCUACGUGCGUAUUUACACCGCGCCAAACCGAAACGAUGAAAUAUUUUAAGAAAUUAUUGAACUAAAUAUUGUAAGUAAUUAUUUUAAUAAUUUGUAUAUUGGGAUUGCAAACAAAUAGUAUAAGGUCAAAAUUAAUUAAAUAUAGCUUUAUACUCAAUGUAUGUACCUAUAAUUAUUCAGCUUAAUCAACCUUUUUUUAUUAUAUGUUAUAAGUAAUUAUUAGAUAGAUUAUUUUCAUAUACAACAUAUUGUACACUCACUCAAUAAAUUAUCCAUGAUUUAACAUCACAUUUUAAUUUUCCAAAACCUAGUCUAAAAACAAAAAGUUCUUACCACACAUCAUACACAAAGUUCUUAUCAAAGUGCAUAUUAAUUCACUCCAAACAACAAAAUUUACAUUCUAUACAUAACGAAUUACGU